CCCCAGCUACAUAAUCCACCCUAGCCAGAGAGCACAUGACGGAGCCGAGAGAGAGAAGACAAUAUCGCAUUAUCGCAGAAUUACCAUCGAAGCGCAUAGACAAACCGCCAGUUCACGGGCCAAGAUGGGAAAGGUGGGUGAGAUGAUCCUAGUGUCCCUUCUUAUUGUGUUUCUCCUAAACACUGACUCGACAUGGGCUAAAAGAGGGAGCAGUGGCAGCAGUAAGAAAACCUCUACCGGCAACAGGGGUGGGACCCAGUCAAAGCCAUCCUCUAAGCCAGCGAACUACCCUCGACAGCCACAGAGUCCCAAUCGCAACCCCAACCCAUAUCCUCCUGGCGGAAGUUAUCCAGGAGCAGGCAACACAAAUCCCAAACAAAACCCACCGAGUUAUCCAGCAGCUGGAGGUUACCCAAACCAGAAUCCUGGUAGAGCCAAUCCUGGAGGUUAUCCAAACCAGAACCCAGCUGCCGGAGGCUAUCCCAACCAAUAUCCAGGCAGAGCUGGCAACCCAGGAGGAUAUCCCAACCAGUACCCAGCUGGAGGUUACCCAGUCAGAGGGGGAAAUACAGGACAGGGUGGUUACCCUGGUGGAGGGGCUGGUGGUUACCCUGGUGGAGGGGCUGGUGGUUACCCUGGUGGAGGGGCUGGUGGUUACCCUGGUGGAGGGGCUGGUGGUUACCCUGGUAGAGGGGCUGGUGGUUACCCUGGUGGAGGGGCUGGUGGUUACACCAACCAGAACCCAAAUAAUAAGAUCCUCAGUCCCCGCUUUGGUGGAGGAGGCUAUGGUGGUGGUGGAGGCUAUGGUGGUGGUGGAGGCUAUGGUGGUGGCGGCUAUGGUGGUCAAGGGAUGGGAGGGUCUCCUUUCUCUCGUUCUGUCCAGGGUAUGGGUUACCAGCCCAGUUCUUCAGGUUUUGCCAAAAAAGCCAUGAUGGCGGCAGGUGUCGGUGCUGUGGCCGGGAUGGCUGUUGGAUAUGGACUCGGGCGCUUCCCUCGGCCACACUUCAAUUUCAACAACCCUCAAGAAGAGCAGUACUACAACAACUACAUGUACAACAAGUAUGGCACCAAAUCCACAGACGAGAAAGACUACGGCCGUGAUUAUGUCUACAAACCUUCUCCACGGUCAGAGUCCUACGACAAGUUCAUGGAGCGCUGUAUGAACAAGACCACGCCUAAAAGUCAGGAUGGAGGUGGCCAAGAUGACGGCGACACCGUCAGCAUCGAGGAGAUUGGAUACCCCGCCCUAAUUCACCAAGUGAAGUCCCGACGCUGUGUCGAGGAGUUCAUGGUGUACUCUGAGAGAUUUCUGCAGGAACGAAAAGCCGAGGAACAAAUCCAUUCCAAGUCCAAUCGCAUCGGCUCUCUGAGCUACGGGGUGAUUCAACUUUUCACUUCCAUCCUCAUGCUACUGUCCACCAUGCUCCUUCUCCAGUGAGAGUAAUUAGUCUUCCUUUUACCAUAAAAUCCCAAAUGGAUUUCCACUUCCUCCAUUAUAUCUGCACGUCCAGACCACUGCUAAAGUAUAUUAUCUCCAUAGCAAGCUCUCUGGGUCUCAUGUAAUCCUCUAUUACCGCCGCAGGUAACAAAUGUUGAUGUUAAAAAAGGAGUCAAUUUUUGAGAGCCAGCUGUUAUUUUAAAAUGUUACAGAUAGAUCAUCAGUUGUGUGUCGUACAAGCUGCACUAAUCUCUUUCUGUUAACUCUUUCAAUAAUUUAUUUAGCAUCUCUGUUUCACUUUUUUAUCUGCUCCACAUUAUAAUGCACUGAAUGCAUAGAGAACAGAUUCAGGGUACUUUAGUUCAGUUUUUGUGACAAUUUAUUGUGACGGUAUGACUGAUAUUGUGUAAAAUGAGAAUGUGACAUUUACGUCAAAAAACUAAAGAAAAACAUUUAGUCACCCUUUGUAAUCUGUGCCGAACAAUUCAACAGACAGAUUGGUUAAAUAUGCUAAAUAAAGAUACAAUUGUCAGCAAAUAUAAAAGAACAAUAAUGUAGUUUGGCAAUGAGAACAACUGGACCAACUGUUUUUUUUCUAAGGACCACUUACCAAAAGCAGAAGAAAAUAUGUUAUAAAUGAGAAAGCAGAAGAAAUCUCCUAUAGUCCACAGUGGGAUUUGCCGCCGUUUUUCUCAACAUGAUGAUCUGUGGUGAUUGGCUCCGCAUUGUUGUGUAAUGACCAAGAACAAUGGUUUACUAUCCCACAAUAAACAAUUAAAAACGUAUAUGACCACAAUCUAAAUAAGACUGAAGGUGUCCUCAAAGUAAAGAACAGCUACAUGAUACUCACUCAUUGUUACCUGUGAAAUCCUGGAUUGCAUGUAAUAGCCCUUGAUAGUAAAGAGGCGUCACUGAGCAUGUGUCCUUUGAUGUGCUACCGUGCCUGCAGCUGUUGACAACAAUAGGUGCAUUUGUUGAAAAUGGCGCCUGACGCUUUUGAAUCUGUGCAGCACUGCUACAUGUAGUUUGGUGAAAGCUGGGGUUUGAUUGAGGUUUCGAACAGAUGAGGUCCACGACAAUUCAAGACUUUAACCCUAAAUGCUGGCGUCCCAGAACUAAUACUAAGCUUUUAAUUGUACCUUUACUAAUCACACAUGGUAUCUUCAUGUCGUAUCUAUCAUCAAGAUUAACACUGGAACUGGAACUAGAAGCGCCAGUUUAAAUCUGCCCGGGAUCACUGGACUUGACAGAGUGUGUUGGUUCACAUGUACAUGAAUAGUGCUGUAGCGGUUUGGAGAUUUUAAUUAUUUUUCAUGAUACUCUGACUUUCAAGAAUUUCCAGGCUUUUGUGGUUCAUCUCAGCAUCUUCCUCUCAUCACCUGAAUCUUCUCUUGACACAAGUCAGAUGGUCGCAGGUCAGGUGUAAAUAACUACGUCUGCUUAUCACAAACUCUAGCCUCCCCUGGCUGUCAUGGUGUGCUUCUCUGGAAUGAAAAUGUUGCAGUCCUUUUGUUUGUUUUUUGUGAAGUUAUAUCUGUACAUUUUUAAGUUAUCUGUAAUUUGAUUAUUAUACUGGUCCAGCUUGUUUUCUUCUACCUGAUUGUUUGAAUUACUUAUUCCCCUCUGGGGUUUUUAAUGUAAAGCACUUUGCUGUUUUUAAAAUUGCUACAUAAAUUAAGUUUGCAGGCUUUUCAAGGGAGUUUCACCCAAGUAAAAAAUAUCUGAAACAAAACACGUCAGUCAUCAUUUCAGUCCGCUAUUUUGACACUGGUGUAUCUGUCUGUUGUUGGUAAUUAUUCAUCACUGUCCAAUUGUUGACAGUAUAUCUGGAAGUGAUCAUAAGCACUGUUUUAUAGUGAUUUAUUUCUCUUUCUUCACAUUUCACUUUUAUUCUUCGGGUCUCCGGGUUCAUUCGUUGUCAUACUGCACCUUUCCCGUUCAUUGUUGCUCCCUGUCCAUUUGAAAUGACAAUUUUACAUUUUCAUACUAUCUAGGCUGUAGAAUAUCUGUGAAGUGCACUUACCUCCCGUUGGGUGUAGAUAUUCUGUAACUGUGUCAUCGAGCUCAUUAUGGGAGUAUAGACAUCUGUGUAUAUCUGACUUGUAGUUGUAAACGCGUUGGGUUACUAAUAUGGUUUGUCAUGAUGUUUAUGUGUUAAAUAAAAUAACUAACACAAUAA